AUGGGUAGAUUGUACUCAAAGUUGCAUGCAUCAUCACUUGUGAGUCUAUGUAAACAAAGGAAGGAUAUUAUUAAAGCCGCCAAGUAUUGUAGGUAUGAUUUAGUUACAUCUUUUGAUUUAUACUUAGACUCUCUUUUCCAGCUAGGUAAUGCUCUCAACCAAUAUGUUGAACUAGAGUUUCUGAUUUUUGAUUAUUCUUGUAUUAAAUUGGAACUUUCCUCCUCUGACAUUGGUUUUGAUUUGCAUCACCUUCAUUGUGAUGAUUUGGAAUUUUCCUCCUCUGACAUUGAUUUUGAUUUGCAUCACCUUCAUUGUGAUGAUGAUGAUGAGGAGGAGGAAGAAGAACUAAUUAGUAGCAUUGAUUUUAGCUCUGAAGUGAUGAAUGAAUCAAUUUACACUUGUAAGCUCCAUGCUUCUGAUAGAAACAACAUGAGAAAUAAAGGGAAGUCAACAUUUGAGUUUGAGAAUACAACAAGUCAAAAACCUUAUAAUUUUUACUCUAAUAUCAAUCCAAAACAUAGAAGCUAUGAUGAGAACAUUCAUUUGCAUAUGUCACAUGAAGAUUUUGGUCACAGUAAGCAUAGUCAAAGGAAUGAAAUUCCACAAAGGGUUAAUAAUAGGUAUGAUUAUGAACAUUAUGGAAACAAUCCUUUUCAUAUGGACAUGUCACAUGAAGAUUUUGGACACCAUGAUCAUAGUCAAAGGAAGGAAACUUCACAAAUAAGGGUUCAUAGGUAUGAACAUUAUGGUUCCAAGCCUUAUCCAAUGAUUGUAUCACCUAGUCCAGUUUUUGAGUCACAUAAUCAUGAAACUAGUCGCCAAAAUAAUGCUCCUCCACCGCUGCCGCCGCCUCCUCCUCCACCGCCGCCUCAAUCAGAAGGGAUUCCUGAUUUAGAAGACAAAACUGAACUAAGUUCGACCGCGUCCACUUUUUAUAAUCAUAAUGGAAUGGAAAAUGGGAAUAGACAUCAUUGCUCAAGUAAUGGAACUUUCAGCGUUGGAGGGAUAAAUUGUAAUCAAGAUUCAUUUUCAACCACUGAGGAAAGUUUCAAGGGUAACUUGGAGCCUAAGGCAACAAUACAGGACAUUGAAUCUUUGAGAACUAGUGGUGUUUGUAUUACUACACCAGAUUCUAGUAGCAGAAUGAGUCUAAAGGAGGCAGUGCUAGAAAUAAAUAACGAUUUCAAACAUAUAUGUGAUUGUGGAAGAGAAUUAUCAUCGGUUGUCGAGGCAGGAAAGCUACCAUAUUAUUCUCAAAGCACCAAAUUAAGGGCAUUUGCCUGUUGUGUUCUGGCGCAGAUAUUCCCUUUCAUACCCUCGUUUUUGUACCCUUCAUACAUGUCAUACCAACAAACUCCUAGAACAAAGAUGUUGUUGUCCAACGAUAAGAUGCAAAACAGUCAAGAACUUACAAAAUCAGGUGACCUUUCAUCAACUUUGGAGCAGCUUCAUUUGUGGGAAAAGAAACUUUAUUCAGAAGUGUUGACUGAAGAAAAACAUAGAAUUCUCUAUGAUAAGCAAUGUAAGAGGCUAAAAGAAUUGGAUGGGAAAGGUUCUGAGUCAAAUAAGGUUGAUGAUACUCUUGCUUCUAUCAAACUUCUACAAUCAGAAAUUAGUGUAGUUAUUGCAUCAAUCGGUGUGAUAUCAAGAGAAAUACAUGAGCUAACAGAUGAUAAGCUGCUUCCGGAACUAUAUAAAUUGAUUGAUGGCUUACUUGGAUUGUGGAAGAUCAUGAGUACAUGUCACCAUAAACAAUUCCAAGCUAUCAGCAAAGCCAUAAGUCAUGUACAUAUAGUAGAUCCUUUGAAAAAGAAUAAGUCAAGCUCAAAAGCUACUUUGAAAUUGAAAAAAGUGGUUUUGAACUGGGGUAAGUGCUUUAGUAAUUUCAUCAAAAAACAGAAGACCCUAGUGAAACACUUGAAUGAUUGGCUACAAAGGUGCAGUCUCAAAGAAACAGAAGAAAAUGAAGAUAGGAUUAGUACUUUAUUGCCAAGUGAUUUAGAAGCUCCUCCUAUUUUUAAAGUUUGUAAUAAUUGGUACAAUGCAAUUAACAAGGUUUCAGAAAUUGAAGUCUCUAAAGCUAUUAACAAUUUUGCAUCAAACUUGCACCAAUUCUAUCAGAAGCUAAAAGAAGAACAUGCAUUGAAAGUUAGAGUGAAACACUUUUUUAAGGAUUAUAAGCAAAGGUUUAGAUCCUAUUGCAAGAAGAAUUACAUCAACUCACAACAAUAUUACUCUUUUAUCAAAAUGAAGGCCACAGACGAUUUUGAAGAAAAUGAGAUUCCACUGUUGAGAGUAUCUAAUGACAACUUAGCAGUUUCAAGACUAAGAUUGAUUGAAGAGAGAAAGAAACACCAACAAUUUGUCAAACAUGUUAAUGAUGCUGCUUCAAGUUGUUUACAAGAGGGUUUGACUCCAAUUUUUGAGGCUUUGUUGAGCUUUAGUUUGGAAAAUCUUAAUAUUUAUGAGCAGCUAAAAUUUCCAAAUGGUGGACCUCAUGAGCAAAAUCUGACGCAAAAAGAAGAGAGCAAAGAAGAUGUUCCAAGUGCUACAUUGCUGCUUUCAGUAUCUGCAUGUUUUACCUCUUUAUCAACUACGAACAUAUACGUUUCCUCUGUGAGAAUACAAGAAAAUUACAACUAUAGGCAUAAUAUACAUAUGUCAAACAGUAAGUCGACCAUUUCCCCUUCAAGGGCUCCAUUGGUGUUCCAGCAGAAUAUUUCAUAUUGUAGCAUCCAGCAGUGUCCAGUGCCCAAUGCAUCAGUGAUAGCAAUUACAAAAAGUGAGGUCCACAAGGAUGAAAGCAAAUCAACCGAAUAUGAGGUUAUGAAUUGUCCUGAAUGA